AUGCGGGUGCACCUGGGCGCGCUGGCCGGCGCGGCGGCGCUGACUGGGGCGCUCAGCUUUGUGCUCCUGGCGGCCGCCAUCGGCACGGACUUCUGGUACAUCAUUGACACGGAGCGGCUGGAGCGGAGCGGCCCGGGGGCACGGGACCCGGCAGGGGCCGCCAACCGCAGCCAGCUCGAACCUCUGAGCUCGCACUCCGGCCUCUGGCGGACCUGCCGGGUCCAGAGCCCGUGCGCGCCGCUGAUGAACCCCUUCUGGCAGGAGAACGUGACCUUCAGCGACUCGAGCCGACAACUUUUCACCAUGCAUGGGACGUUUGUGAUUCUGCUGCCUCUCAGCCUGAUCCUGAUGGUUUUGGGGGGGAUGACAGGGUUUCUGAGCUUCCUCCUGCGAGCCUCCCUCCUCCUCCUGCUCACGGGGACCCUCUUCCUCUUUGGAGCCUUGGUGACCCUCGCGGGCAUCAGCGUCUACAUCGCGUAUUCAGCCGCCGCCUUCCGGGAGGCGCUGUGUCUCCUGGAGGAGAAGGCCCUGCUGGACCAGGUGGACAUCCGCUUCGGCUGGUCCCUGGCCCUGGGCUGGAUCAGCUUCAUCGCCGAGCUGCUCACCGGGGCGGCCUUCCUGGCAGCAGCCCGCGUGCUCAGCCUGAGACGGAGGCAGGACCAGGCCAUCUGA